CAAUUAUCGAUUGCCGCCUCAGACUCUCUUCCGGUUCCGAAACUAACACACUUCACUUUUCUCUACUAUUCCUAGUCUAAAACGGAAAAAGGUCUCUCUCUCUCUCUCUCUCUCUGUCUCCAUAUAAUAUUUAAUGGAAAUCACGCCCACAAAAUUCUCACAAUCGGUUCUGAUCUCGCUUCCGUUCACCAUAACACAAUCGAAUUUGCGCUCGAUUUUCUCACUCCGCUAUAUUUUUCGCCGAGCUUGUUACUUCUUUUGGUAGACGCAGACGCAAAGCGAAUUUGGUAUAAUGGGGAAGCGUGGUAGUCAGCGAAAGAGUGCCAAAUCUUUGGGCACCAAUGAUGAUGAUAGUGUGAGUUCUUCAUCUGUUGACAUGUCAAAGCUGACACUGGCAUCAGGGACAGAAGAUGUGCAGCAGGACAGCUCUCUUGAUUCAUGGCUAGAAGCAUUAGAUGAGAAAAGGGGAUCCACAAGGGAGAAAGCAUUGUCAUUAAUCAUUGAAGCUUUUACCAAAAACUUGCAGCAUCAGUUUGUGGAAAAGAACUUUCUUACAUUGCUUCUUCAAUAUCUGCAUUCCAUCAAGCGAGGAUCUGCCAAAGAAAUAUGUUUAGCAGCCCGUGCUAUAGGGUUGCUGGCUAUGACCACUAGUAAGGAUAAAGCACGUGAACUGUUAGAAAAGUCAAUUCGCCCUCUUUCGGAAGCUCUUAAAUCUGGGUCUGAGAAAUCAGAGAUUUCACAUAUAAUCGAGUGCUUGGCUGUCAUAACCUUUAUUGGUGAUAAUGAUGGAGAGAAAUCAGAAGGUGUGAUGCAAAUUAUUUGGGAGUUUAUUUGUCAAAAAACAGGUUCUAAGAGUAAACUAUCACCAGAUGUGAUAACAACUGCCAUAUCUUCCUGGUCAUUUAUUCUCUCAAAUGCUAAUGGCUGCUGCCUUAAUUCCAAAAACUGGCAAGAGGCAGUUUCUCACUUUUCGACAUUUCUAGAGAAGGAUGAUCGAUCUGUUCGCAUUGCAGCUGGUGAAGCAUUAGCUAUACUAUUUGAGAUUGGAUGCCCCAAAAUUAAGAAGGAUUCUGCUGAUGCUAUUCAACAAUUGAAGGGGAAAAUUCUGUAUCAAGUUGAAGACCUUUCCAGAGAAGCUGGAGGCAGAGGUUCCAAUAAGGAAGAUCUUGGCAGCCAGCGGAAUUUUUUUGGGGAUCUUCUGAAAUUUCUAAGAGAUGGUUCUUGUCCUGAAACAUCAAUGAAGAUAGGUGGAGAUUUGCUUAACACAGAUACGUGGUCUGAGUUGAUACAGUUGAACCUUUUGAAGCAUUUUCUGGGUGAGAGAUUUUCCAAGCACAUGCAGGAAAAUGAAUUGCUUCGCUCUCUAUUUAAGUUCACAUUAAUGAAAAAGCAUAUGUCCAGCGGUGAAAAGAAAUUGCAGAAAUCUCAAUUUGCUAGCUCGCACAAGGAAAUGACUCGAGCACUAAACAGGCAACGCAACAUGUCACAGCUGGAAAAAUUUGGACAUUUUGCUGCUCGUGGUAGCGAAUGGUUGUAGACAAAGGGAGAGGUGUUGCAACCUCAGCAACUGAUCAAGAAUGCUGUCAUGACAUCUGCCACGUUUUUCCCGAUUUUGAUUUUUCUUUAAUUAUUUUUAUAGGGUUCACCAUUCAGGUGCUUUUGACUGAAACCAGUCUUUAUAUUCAGAUUGGUAGUAACUUACUACAAUAUGUUUGGAUAAAACAGUUGAUUCUUUUUUUCCAUUUUUAUUGGAAGAUUCAUCAAUAACAUUUUAUUAAUUACAGAAAAUUGUUAAGCUGAAUACCCAAUUGUAAUUUCAGUAACUAUGAGUCACCCUUUAUGUUAAUUCUCUACAUAACUUGUGCACA